AUGACUUCUUCGUCGAUUAAUCUGCUUCGUCUUCCCUCGAUCAAACCUUCUCCUCAUAACUACCGUCAACCCUUUAGAAAACCCUUCUCCUCGAAUUCAUCACCUCAUCUCAACCUGAGAUCAUCAUCAAAAAUAACGCCUAGGGCUUCUUCUUCCAUUUCCAACCCUAAUUCCCUAAUCACUCUGCAACAAAAACCUCAAUCUCUUUCUUUCAAUCCCCUCAAAAAGCUUAACAAGAAGAAAAAGGAAACAAUAUGUAUGGCAUCAUCACCAUCUUCAUCAUCAUCACCAUCUUCAUCGGGAACAAUUCCUGCGAGAGAUAGAUUAGUUUCAGCACUUGUUUACUUAAUCCCGUUUUUGAACGGAUUGAAUUACGGGACGUAUCUAUUCGCGAAAUACCCGUUAUUGGAAUUAGCAUUUGAUCCAAUUGUGCCAUUGUUGAGUUUCUACAAAUCAAUACCAAGUGUUGGUUUAUUUGCAUUUCUUACUUUAUAUAUUGGUAUUGUGAGAGAUAGAAAUUUUAGCAGGUUUGUUAGGUUUAAUUCAUUGCAAGCAAUGGUGAUGGAUUUUAUGUUGGUUGUUCCAUCUUUAGCCAGGACAAUAUUGGUGAAUGCCGACCCGUUUGCUGAAGAGAUUGGGUUGAAGUUUCAGUUGUUGAAAGUGAGUCAUGAUGUUACAUUUAUUGUCAUUGUGCUUGCGUUUCUUUAUGCAUUUUCGCGUUGUGUUCUUGGUAGGAUUCCUGAAUUUCCAGGUAUUACUAAUGCUGUUGAAUGGCAAAUCUUUGCCGUGGAUCGCCAACUGUGA